GAUAAAUAUAUUUUUAUUAAUAAAAUUAAGUUUCAGUAACACGAAAUAAUUUCUCACAACCGCCCGUAAGCAUAACAACAAACAUCCGUAUACAUAGAUGUUACAGCGAUUUUACUCAGAGAAUAUUUAAUUCAUUUACACAAAUAUAAUUUGGAAGGUAUCCUACAGAGGUCUAUAUAACGCUUUUAUAUUUCAAAAAGUACAAUCAUAGGACACUAUGAGGUUAUGUAGGGAAUAUGUUCCACAAUCACUGCCUUUCAAUCAAUCUGUAAUAGCAUAAACAAUUGGGAAAAUGUAGUUAAAUUUGACUUUACUAAAUCUAAUCUUCUCGCAUAUUUAAAAACGAAUCAAAGAAAUCAAUAAAUAUUUACUCACCAGCAGACGUAGAAAUGUUUUCUUUAGUCCAACGCGUCAUUAAAUCGUUAGUGUUGGUGUUCAAGUAGCGUAGGUACUCGACAGUACUUACCCCUGGGCUUUAGCUAUAAAUCUCGGAAGACUAUCGACCGUUAUCAAAACGUUCCUGUAAACUUAUAAGCGACUUAUAAAUAGCAGUUGUUUAUCUUAGCCAGUGUAAUGCUGCUAUUUGAUAAUACCAAUACACGUAGACAAAACUGCUUCCUUAUAUUUUGUAAUAUACCAGCUCAAGGUAGUGGUACAGGUGAAGAAAUAAGAACGAAAAACAGUAAUAUGAGUAGAUAUUCAAAAGCAUAUGUUGAGGGAAACGAGUGUCUUCGUACAGUGGACAGUCCAAAACCUUUAUUUUUUUACGAUAAUGAGAGGUUUUUACUGUAAGAGUUAAAGGAAACAAGGACGUAAAACUACUAUUAAAAAACGGAUGUCUUUGCUCGGUAGAUGCUCGCCCACUGAUCCGGUGGCAGAUUCUGCGAAGCAUUGCUCUUGCUAGCAGCUAGCAGGUAGGCAGUUAGGUCAGUGCUAGCAUUACUCCGGUUUGAAUCCCGUGAGCUCACCUACUAUUUAAGGUUACGCUGAAAUAGCCUCUCAAGGCUAUCAGCUUAGGUAGGAAACAAAAAAGGUCUCCUUACGAAAACGAAACUGAAUAAAACGCUAUUAAUUUUGAGGGGCUAGGGACAAUAGCUUAAGGAGGACAUAGUUUUAAACAAGGCAAAUAAACAUAAAGCAUUUAAUCCACUAAUAUGAAAAACGUUUCAUAGCUCCAGUCGUACUCAAUCCUUUUUCUAAGUUCUUCUUUAUAGAUGGAUGUACGAAUGAUUACGGAUCACCUAUAUUACGUGGUACGGUUGAGUGAAGCCCAUAGACGCCACAAAGUGACUACUGCCACUCACCUUGAUACAUGAGGUAGAAAAAUCGGCUAUCCCGUUCCGCCCACCAAACACGAACACAUGGCUACUUCGUGAUAUCGUGCUUUGUGAUAUCUAACAUCAAUAACAAGGUUUAAUUUUAAUUCCGCAAUGCCUUUAUUAUGUAAGUUUUCGUGGAAACAAUGCGUUUAACAUUUGUACCCUUAAUAAAAUUAAUAUCCGUCUGCGAGAUAUGACCACAGAUAUAGUAGCAUCGCUUGAUAUGGUAGUACGCCGGGCGUCUUAUUUCUUAGUCGACGACUAUUUCUGAAGUUGCACCAGCACAGCUUACAAUCAAAUUAAUUUCAAUUCAUUAGCGAUACGCAUUAAAAAAUUAUGUGCUGCAAUUACCUGCAUUUUCGCCGAUACUGUAAUUAACUUCGAUCGCUAACGCAAUCCUGGUAAACACAACGAAUUCCGUAGUCAGACCGAGUAUGUCAAUAAAGGCUAUUAUUAUACUGUCAUUACUACCGCUGAUAGCAUGUGAUAGGAAAAUGGAUCCGUUCAUCAUUGAUGGUGAACACGUGAGGAUAGAGAGGCACCCCCAUGCAGCGUUUACGGGGACCAGUUGCCUUGUAAACGGUGAAGUCAGUAAUUGGAGGUGCGGUGCUUCGAUAAUCACUCAAAACAUAGUCAUGACAGCGGCACAUUGCUUUGACAGUUGCCGAAAUGGUAUUAUUAAAGGAAUCUUAUUUCACACCGGCCACGAGAACAAGAAUCUAGGUAGAAAGUCAUCGGGUCAUAAGUUCGCAAUACAUUCUGGCUAUAGUAGCGUAAUAUCGGGGUAUGAUAUAGCGCUGGUGCUGCUAAAAACACACUUAAAGUUAAGCGCGAAAUGCAGCAGAGUUGCGCUCAUGAAAUACCCACCGUAUGGCGAAGUAGCUUACGUUUCCGGCUGGGGAUUUGUUAAUGUAAGUAUUCCCUUGCCUCUUACGUACUGUUGGUGUUAAGGAAAGACAAUCGAUGUAAUUUCUGCGCAACGCAUAUGUGUAGCGUAUCAAUACUGUUCA